AUGUUGUUGCAGGAUUUAAACGUAAAAACCACGCCCAUUGUGCUAAAACGAUUUAUGGAUCACAUGAAAGAUAAGGACUACACAAAUCAAGAACUAUUUUUUAUUUUGGCAUAUAUUGUGGCUCUGGAAUGUGGAUUUGUCACAGAAGAAGAAUAUGAAAGGUGCAAGAACUCAUUACAACAUAAUUCAACUGUAUCGUCAUACCACUCCAAAAACGUGUUAACAAUAUCACGCCUAUCACCAACAUAUUCAUUUGUACCAAACAAAUGCUUCUUUCAGAUGAAUUUGUACAGUAUUUUUGGUGUUGAUACGAAAAGUGGUUGCGGCAGAGCACUUCUUUCAUCUUUCAAUGGAUAUACAACUGGGGAAUUUAUGAUAUUAACAGUCAGUCCUGAUCAUGCCAUCAAAUCAGAAGGGUACAGCAUUUGUUUGUCUGUGGAACGUUACGUUAUGAAUUGUAGCAGAGACAGACCCAUAUUUAAUAGGUUUGCUCGACUUGAAGAGUUUGCAACCACAUUGCGAGAUAAACUGUUCGUACCUAUUCGAAAUGGGCAGAUACAAUUAUUGGAGUUGUGUUGCCAUCCAUCAAUAUUAGGACUGCCUAAUGAGAUCUAUGCUGAUAUAAUUAAACAUUUCUCAGAUCGAGAGUUACGAUAUUUGGCAAAGAGUAACAAACAUUUAGGUAAUAUUGUUAAUGACUACAAGAAGAGAAAACAAAAGAAGAAGAAUGUCUGUAUAUUAACUAAAAAAGAGAGCAGUGAAAGCAGUAAUCUUUAUGCAGAUGAUGAUUAUACGUAG